AUGAACUCCUCCACGACCAACGCACCCCAACUCAGCCUCUCGAUAAAUCAUUCUUCGUCAUUCAAGCGCUCUUUCACCAGCCAGUUCGGCUUUGAUGAACUUGACAGUCCCGCCGAUGUGGACAACACCGACUCAGUAGACAAUAGGCGCAAGCGACCACGAAGCACCAGCAGCUUGAGCGAGCCCGAAGCUACUUCAUCAUCUUCGUCAACGAUGAACUCGUUUGAAGGCUCCUCGUCGUCUUCAGGGCCUCGUCGUCACCUUUUACUCGACUUGGAAAUAGGACGGGGUCUGGAAAGCAGUGUGGCGCUAGGCUUGGGGAUCGAGCAUGCCCAUGAACCACCUCCACGGCUACCUACACCUGCAUUACUGGACUCGGACGAUGUAGAAAUGGCCGAUGCCCUUUUACCAACCGCUGAACAACAAGUUCGUCGCUCAGUCGACCGAUUUAAUGCAUUCGAGAGACAUAUCAGUAUCCUUCGCUCAUCUUCUCCCCCCAUUAUCCCUCUUCCAACUGAACUAACCACCCGUAACUCUCCGCCCACGCUCCCGCCUCUCCCACUUGUUGACUUGGCACUGCACCCUGAAGUGGACAAUGAAACAGCCUCAAGCAAUACACCCCCCAGAUUGGAUCUCAACCUUCCGCCAACUUCUCUUAGUCCUCAUUCGAACUCUCCGCCAGCACAUGUUCUCACCCACGAGGCCGCCCAAUUCCGAGAACGCCUUGAUUCAGCCCUUGACGGUCUUGGGACAGGCGAUCUCCAUUUCGAGGUUCCAAUGCCAGACCAACAAGAGCCUGUUCCAUCUGUGGCCCCUCUAUCUGACUGGCCAUCAACAGUCAAUAGUGAGCGUGCCGAUCGAGCCGGACCUACAUUGUCUGUUCCAUGGAGGCCUUGGCUUGUCAGACCAUCUCAAGCAACCGCAACGACAGAUAGAACCAGCGCGGACAUACGGAGGUUCAUCGGGAGAAGAUUGUCCCCUUCUCCGUCGCCACCACCAGCACCCGCCCCACCACCACCACCCCGUCUUUAUCCACGACCCGCUUCUCUUGCGGCCCCUCUGAGCGUUGACACAAGUGCUGAAACUCCGCUGGAUGCUGACCUCGUCGGCACAUACCUCGAUUUCCACCGAACUGAUGCUUUGGAACAUGCACUUGAUCGAGUGCGAAUGCUUCAUCGGGAACGUCGCCAGCAGCGCGAAAGAUAUCAUGAGCGCUUAGAGCAACUAGAUCGUGAUACCGACUAUUCAUGGAGUUUUGACACCUUUUUGGGAAACCCGAAUCGCCGGCGGAAUCGCGACUGGGAAGCCGAAACGCAAUCCCGCAGGGAGGCGAGCGAUGAAGUGUUCAAUCGUCUGGUACGCAGACAAGACCGGGAUGUCACACUUGGGCCCUAUCGGUUUGACCAACUUGAAAGUGAACCAAACACUUCUUCAUCUGCAACAUGGCGGCGUUUGAGGUCAACCCUGGUUGAAGAGUCUUCGCGUCGUACCUCCGAAGAUGACAUGAGUGAUCCUCUGCAACGGUUUCGUGGCCGGCGCAAUACUUCUCAAGCCCGAGAGGCCGAUUGGUCGACAGGAACGGAUCCUUUAGACUGGUUUACACCGUCAGCUCAGUCCUCCCUUUCUCGACCUCGCUCAUACCGCCCGGAAAACACACAAUCCGAUUCUCCGAUAAGCCCUAGAUUUGGAACCUGGCAACCACGUCUGGCUUUGUCUCCACCUGCACCCUCAACUGUCCAGCCCACAAGAACAACAGCUCAUGCACGGGCUCAAUCGAUCCCAAAUGCCUCAAUGAAUCCUACCCCAACGUAUCAAUCUCUCAGUCAACUUCGCACGCGUCUGGCUGGUCCUCUGAGAGCAGCCGCAGUGGGAUCAUCCAACUCUCUUUUGGCUGAAAGUGUGGCUGCUCGAAGGCAGAGUGCAGCUCGUCUUGAAAUGACACUGAAUCAAGGACGCAGGUCAGAGUCCAACUCGGAUUCUGACGAAGAUUGGGACAAUAUUGCCUCAUAUACUGUCGAGCCUGAAGAUGAUGUGGAUAUGCCAGAAAUCGGUGUAUUCCGCCCACCGCUUCGUCGCCGUGUGACUAGACCUCGAUCUUCUUCUCGAAGUGAGGUAAACCUACCUUUCAUUCCAGCACCCACCCCACUGCGACUGCCUCCACCUCGUCACGAUCACAAUGAGGAUGUUCCCUUCAACUCACGACAAGCUCAUUAUCGACGACCUAUCCCUCACUUACGACAACAUUCUACUGGGGGCGAGCCGAGUCUUGCCUCCUCUGGCGUUGAUCGUCGGCAUGUUUCCUGGGAGGCUCCACGUGACCCUGCUGUCUCGAGUACUUAUGCCUAUCUCUCUGCGCUGUCGCAUGGGUUCGAUUCGCACGCACUCUCUCUUUCUGAUCUUGCCCAGACAAUUACGAGUAACUCCGCUGUUAAUUCGCCACCCUCACCUCAUUGGGAUGGGGAGGAUGGCAUUGAUGCUGAGACUGAAGUACCGUUCUCCACUCUUUUUGGUCGUUCUUCUGCUAUUCAGGAUCGAGAACUUGCUCGUCGACAUUCCUCUUCUAUAUCUCUUCGGGGAAAUGUCCCUCGUAUCCCACCUUCCUUACCUCCACCAGAUCUCGGCGGAGAUUUUGAACAAACAGAGAACGCUCUACGGUCAACAAAUGUUGACACUACCGGCCUAGAAUCUCAGAGGUCAUCGUCCAUUCGGCCUCCUUCACCACCAAGGUCUCAGGCAGAUUCAUUUACUGGACCCUUUCGUUUGACGAUGCAACGACGCGACGAGUACUCGAGGAGGGCUCUUCGCCGGGAACCGCCCACAAUUCCUCCCCUAUAUUUUGGAGAUCAACCUGAAGUUGAGCCAACUUCUUCCUCAUCUGCGUUGCCAGACAGGGCAGAUACACGACAUCGUUUGUUGGCUUCAAGAGAAAGUCGGUCGGCAACUCCUCGGAGAUGGGUGGGACAUCCCUCGAGCGAGCUUUCGUCUGUGCACUCGUCGCGUCUAGCGGAUGCAGAACGGAGACUUCUCAAUUACCUUGGACCCCAAACCCCAAAUAGUGACACACCGCGUACAAUCCCCCCCUCUUCCAGCGCUACUGCUGCUCAAUCUACACAUCGACCUCCACGGUACAGUGCUGCUGACAUGCACAAUGUUCUUGCCCGUCAGGCCCGCUUGGAGGGUUCACGAUUGGAUCUCCCCUCUGCAUUUGGAGGGUCUGACCGCGAAUCGAACCCUUUUGACCUUGACCACACUGGCUCGUCAUCUGCUUCACGAGCUGAACGGUUUAUAUCCCAAUUCAGAGAGCAACGGCAAACAGCAGAACCCUCUUCGUCAGGCAGUUCUUGGGCUUCGAUACCGCGUCGGGCAGAUGGAAUCAGUUUGGGCGAGGUUCAUGCUCGUAGACGCCGUCUUGCCUCUCGUUCAUUCCUAGAUGACGAUAAUCGCGCUCGUCCAUUGCGUGAAUCGUUGAGGGGUAGGAUUUCGCCUGGUCAUCAUACGAGUAUGUUCCGGCGGAGGCCCAUUGGAGACUAUGUGCGGGACGAAGAUUUUGAUACGUCAUAUGAGAGUCUACUCACAUUGAGCGGUUUGAUUGGUGAAGCAAGACCGAAAGGCACCUCAGAUGAAACCUUGUCGUCACUGGAGUCGGCGCAGUAUCAAGAGUGGGCAACUGCAGAUAGCGACCACCGGUGUCCCAUCUGCUUGGAUGAUUACCAACCCACUGACACUGUAAUGCGGCUCAAGGACUGCAGGCACUGGUUGCACAAAGAGUGUCUAGUGCAGUGGCUCAAAGGCGCGACCACGUGUCCUGUCUGCCGGAAAGACGUCAAGGACAAUAAUCCGGCGCGGAGGUCGCAUUCGCACAGCUCUGGGUUUGGUCAUCCUUUUGGAGGCCCUUGGAGAAGAGACAGGCCAGGAGGCGGUGGUGGCAGUGGGCGGAAUGACGGUUGGAUCGAGCUCUGGUAA